AUGGAUUCUAAUAAUUCAGAGUUAUCCAGUGCUUCUGGUAUUAAAGAAGUGACUCGUAAAUAUUUGUAUGAACAGAUAAAAGAACAGAAUUUACCAAGUUUCAGUGAAAAUUUGGAGAAAUUGGAAAAUAAUCUCUUGGAGUGUUAUGGCCACACCGAAGAAAGUAAAAAGAACCUCAAACACAUUAUAUCCGCCAAUAAUUUCACACAGCAUGUAGAUUUCCCUACACGCAUCACCCCUACGACAUCUACACUUUUGGAUCACGCGUAUCAUAAUAUCUGCCGCGACCGUGUGUCCGUGCACAAAGCGAUAACGUUCCUCAGUGACCACUGCGCGCAAUAUUAUGAUGAUUUAAUUAGUAAAAAUGAAAAUAAAAGCAAGUCAAUGUGGAACGUUAUCAAUAAGGAGCUAGCUAGAAAACCCAGCGAACCUUUAGACUUCACCGAAUUGAUAAAAGAAUGUAACGGUCUCCCGGUGACUAGCAAGCAGGAGGUGGCGGAUGCGCUGAACGCGGAGUUCGUGGGCGCGGCGGCGGCGUGCGGAGCGCCGCACGCCGACGUACGCGCCGCGCUAUCAGCGCUCGGCGCCCGCUCACCGCCUCUGGACCGCUCGAUACGACUCCAGUUGUUUACUCCCGAUGAAGUAGCCAAGAUAAUGCAAAUUAAGAUAGCGCCGAAGAAUAGCCAGGAUAUAUACGAACUAUCACCGAGCCUCCUUAAAUUUAUUAGCCCGAUAAUUAGCCAUCCGCUAUCGCAUCUCUUUAACAUCUGUAUUAAUAAUGGCACAUUCCCAGAAUCACUUAAGAAAGUAAAAAUAUCACCUUUGUAUAAAGGAAAAGGACAAAAAAGCGCUAGUAAGUCGUAUCGUCCUAUCUCUUUGGUACCCGCCCUCAGCAAAGUUAUCGAAGUCGGUCUCAACCAGCGUAUGUUGUCGUUCUGGCUGUCCCAAAACGCAAUGUCGGACCGGCAGUACGCGUACCAAAGGGGACGAAAUUCAACGGACCUAGUCCGCGAGGUGGUGUGGGCGGUGCUGAGGGCGCGCGAGGCCGGGCGGCAGGCGGCCGUGCUGUGCUGCGACCUCUCGCGCGCCUUCGACACCGCGGACCACAGUCUCGUCGAGGCCAAGCUCGAUUACUACGGCUUCCGUGGACCUGCGCUCGGUAUACUAGUGUCCUUCAUGAGGAACAGAACCCAAACCGUGGUAGGAGACCGAGGAAGAGUACGGUCUGCAGAACAAAGUAGCGUAAUGGGAGUUCCCCAGGGCUCCUGUUUAUCUAAUACACUGUUUACAGUACUGCUCAACGAUCUACCGGGGGCUCUCGAUGAAGCCGAGGUAUUUAUGUACGCUGACGAUGUGACCGUAGUGAUCACAGCGCCGAACGAACAAUUACUAGAAGUGGCUCUAAAUGACACCGUUAAUCGAUUACAUAUCUGGCUACCUGUAAAAAAGUACAGAGAAAGGAAGACUCAGGAAGAAAAAGAGUUAGAAAAGCAAAGAAAAACGGAAAUUCAGGAGAGAUUUCGGGCAGAAGCUGGCCUGUUGAUAGAUAUGCCUAAGGCUACUGCUAACCUCGGACACACUUUUGAGCAGUACGAGGACCAAAAACAAAAGGGCACACAAGACGUUUUCCAGCGAAGCAAUGGAAUUAUUAAUGGCUGCUGA